UUCUGUUGCUUCUUGGGCUCCAAGAGGGAGAAAAAGAAAUGAAGAUUUUCUUGCUCUGUAUUUUUCUAAUUUUAUGUGGUACCUCAGCCUGGGCGAAAGAUAAGCAUUAUUACAUUGGAAUUAUUGAAACAGCUUGGAACUAUGCCUCUGACCAUGGGGGAAAGAAACUUAUUUCGGUUGACACGGAACAUUCCAAUAUCUAUCUUCAAAAUGGCCCCGAUAGAAUCGGAAGCGUUUACAAGAAGGCUGUGUACAUUCAGUUCACAGAUGAAAACUUCAGGACUGUUAUAGAAAAACCUGCCUGGUUAGGGUUUUUAGGCCCUAUUAUCAAAGCUGAAACUGGAGAUAAAGUUUAUGUACAUCUGAAAAACUUUGCCUCUAGGCCUUAUACAUUUCAUGCCCAUGGAAUAACUUACUAUAAGGAGCAUGAAGGGGCCAUUUACCCUGAUAACACCACAGGUUUGCAAAAAGCAGAUGACAAAGUACAGCCAGGCGAACGGUGUAUGUACAUACUGCACGCCAACCCAGAACAAGGUCCUGGCGAGGAAGACAGCAACUGCGUGACCCGGAUUUACCAUUCCCACAUUGACGCUCCAAAAGACAUCGCCUCGGGACUCAUUGGGCCUUUAAUACACUGCAAAAAAGGUUCUCUGGAUGAAGAAAAAGAAAAAAAUAUUGACAAAGAGUUUGUGGUAAUGUUUUCCGUGGUGGAUGAAAAUCUCAGCUGGUACCUAGAAGAAAACAUUAAAACCUACUGCUCUGAACCAGAGAAGGUUGAAAAAGAUAAUGAAGACUUCCAGGAGAGUAACAGAAUGUAUUCUGUGAACGGAUAUGCUUUUGGAAGUCUCCCAGGACUCUCCAUGUGUGCUGAGGACAGAGUGAAGUGGUAUCUGUUUGGUAUGGGCAAUGAAAUCGAUGUGCACGCAGCUUUCUUCCACGGGCAAGUGUUGACCAGCAAAAACUACCGUGUUGAUACAAUCAAUCUCUUUCCUGCGACCCUCUUUGAUGCUUUGAUGGUGGCUCAGAACCCUGGGCAAUGGCUGCUUAGCUGUCAGAAUCUAAACCAUCUGAAAGCUGGUUUGCAGGCCUUUUUCUUGGUACAAGACUGUAAGAAGCCUUCAUCUGAGGGCAAUAUCCACGGCAAACAUGUUAGACACUACUACAUCGCUGCUGAAGAAGUCAUCUGGAAUUAUGCACCCUCCGGUAUAGACGCCUUCACCAAAGAAAGUUUAAGCGCACCGGGAAGUGCUUCAGAGGCAUUUUUUGAACAGGGUCCUACAAGAAUUGGAGGCUCGUAUAAAAAGCUGGUUUAUCGUGAGUACACAGAUGCCUCCUUCUCUAAGCAAAAAGAGAGAGGCCCUGAAGAGGAACAUCUUGGCAUCCUGGGUCCCGUCAUUUCCGCAGAGGUGGGAGACACCAUCAGAGUCACCUUCCAUAACAAAGCAGCACAUCCCCUCAGUAUUGAACCCAUCGGAGUGAGAGUUGACAAGAGCAACGAGGGUACAUACUAUUCGCCCAGUGGAAGUGAGCCCCCUCCUUCAGGCUCCCAUGUGGCGCCCAAAGAAACAUUCACCUAUGAGUGGACUGUCCCCAGGGAAGUGGGGCCCACUUACAAAGAUCCUGUCUGUCUAGCUAAGAUGUAUUAUUCUGCUGUGGAUCCGACCAAAGAUAUAUUCACUGGGCUUAUCGGGCCAAUGAAAAUAUGCCGGAAUGGAAGCUUACUUGCAAAUGGGAGACUGAAAGAUGUAGACAAGGAGUUCUAUCUGUUUCCUACAGUGUUUGAUGAGAAUGAGAGUUUACUCCUGGAUGAUAAUAUUAAAAUGUUUACAACAGCACCUGAUCAGGUGGAUAAGGAAAAUGAAGAUUUUCAAGAAUCUAAUAAGAUGCACUCCAUGAAUGGAUUCAUGUACGGGAAUCAGCCUGGUCUCAGUAUGUGCCAAGGAGAUUCGGUCAUGUGGUACUUAUUCAGUGCUGGAAAUGAGGUCGAUAUACACGGGAUAUACUUCUCAGGGAACACUUACCUGUCAAGAGGAGAAAGGAGAGACACAGCAAACCUCUUCCCGCAGACAAGUCUGAGUCUCUUCAUGCAGCCGGAUACUGCAGGGACUUUUGAUGUGGAAUGCCUGACAACUGACCACUACACAGGCGGCAUGAAACAUAAAUACAACGUGCGCAGGUGCAGGCGGAGGGCUGAAGACUCAUACCUCCACCUGGGGAGAAGGACCUACUACGUCGCAGCGGUGGAGGUGGAGUGGGAUUACUCCCCGAGCAGGAAAUGGGAAAAGGAGCUGCGUCACUUACAGGAACAAAAUCUUUCAAAUGCAUUUUUAGAUAAGGAAGAAUUUUACAUCGGCUCCAAGUACAAGAAAGCUGUGUAUCGGCAGUUCACUGACAGCACAUUUCGAGUUCCCGUGCAGAGGAAAGCUGAGGAGGAACACCUGGGGGUUCUAGGCCCACAACUUCAUGCGGAUGUUGGAGACACCGUUAAAAUUAUCUUUAAAAACAUGGCCACAAGGCCCUAUUCAAUACACGCCCAUGGGGUGAAGACAGAGAGUUCCACGGUGACCCCCACCGCACCAGGUGAAACUCGCACUUACAUAUGGAAAAUCCCAGAAAGAUCUGGAGCUGGAAUAAAUGAUUCUCCUUGCAUUCCAUGGGUUUACUAUUCAACUGUGGAUCGGGUUAAGGAUCUCUUUAGUGGUUUAAUUGGCCCACUGAUUGUUUGCCGGAAGCACUACUUGAAAGUAUUCAAUCCCAUAAAGAAACUGGAAUUUUCCCUUCUGUUUCUUGUUUUUGAUGAGAAUGAAUCUUGGUACCUAGAUGACAACAUCAAAACAUACUCUGAUCACCCUGAGAAAGUAGACAAAGCCAAUGAGGAAUUCAUGGAAAGCAAUAAAAUGCAUGCUAUUAAUGGAAGAAUGUUUGGGAACCUGCAAGGCCUCACAAUGCAUGUGGGAGAUGAAGUCAACUGGUACCUGAUGGGAAUGGGCAAUGAAGUGGAUCUGCACUCGGUCCAUUUCCACGGCCACAGCUUCCGGUACCAGCACAGGGGCAUUUAUACUUCUGAUGUAUUUGACCUCUUCCCUGGGACAUACCAAACCUUAGAAAUGACUCCAAAGACACCUGGAAUCUGGCUACUGCAUUGCCAUGUGACCGACCACAUUCACGCCGGAAUGGAGACUACUUACACCGUUCUACCAAAGGAAGAGAUCAAGUCUGGAUGAAAGAAAUAAAUUGGUGAUAAGUGGAAAAAAAAAGAAAAAACAAUGAUUUGUAACAAUAUAUGUGAAAGUGUUGAAUAGAAGGCUUACUUUGGAAUGGCUAUAAGCAUUUUAAAAAAAGACUGAAAAUACACAUGUUGUACAUUUCUGCAGAAAACUAUCACAGUUUCAUAUGUAAAGGUCAACAGACUGUAUUUUGACAUGACUGACUCGAAUACAUCUGGUAAUAUAACUGAUUAAUAUAAGUGAUUCAUAUCACCACCAUUAGGUAGGGCUUUAAAAAAUGUAUUACAAAAAAAAUCUAUGACUAGAUGUCCUGGACAGUCCUUAAAGAAUCAUUAUUAAAGAUUCAAUGAUUUCAAUAAAAAUAAAUAAGAUUCAAUGAAAUGUUUCCAAAAUUUGGCUUCUCAUCAAUCCUUCUAAUGUACUGUUGACGUCAUUCCUAAUGAACCAGUGGACAAAGGGGCACAGAUGUAGAGGAAGUAAAAUAAAAAAUCAAACAAGACAAAAUAAAAAUAAAAUCUCAAAACAGGGAGACCAACCUUGAACUUCUAAUCUACAGAACUGUAAGAUAAUUAUGUGUUGUUUUAAGCCGCUAAGCUUGUGAUGAUUUGUUAUAACAGCCAUAAAAAAUCAAUAGGAUACUCUUCUACAAUGUGCCAAUUAUUGCGUGUCGUGCAUGCUAAGUUGCUUUCGUUGUGUCCAACUCUUUGCGACCUGUGGACCGCAGCCCAUCAGGCUGCUCCAUCUAUGGGUUUUCCCAGGCAAGAAUACUGGAGUGGAUGGCCAUUUCCAUCUCCAGGGGAUCUUCUCGACCCAGGGAUCGAACUGGCGCCUCUUAUGUCUCUUGCAUUGGCAAGCGGGUUCUUUACCACUGGUGCCAUCUGGGAAGCUAUUGUGUAUCAGUUACACCUAAAUAAAGCUGUUAAAGGUGUUUCCCUGGUGGCUCAGAAGCUAAAGAAUAUGCCUGCAAGGUACAAGAGUUGGGUUCGAUCCCUGGGUCAGGAAGAUCCCCUGGAGAAGGGAAUGGCUACCCACUCCAUUCUUGACUGGAGAAUUCCAUGGCCAGAGGAACCUGGCAGGUUACAAUCCAUGGAGUCGCAAAAGUUGGACACAAAUGAACAACUAACACUU